AGGCAAUGAAAACUACAAACAAAUAGCAAUGUGUGUUCUUUACCAUAUAAGCAUGGAUGAUCGCUUUAAAUCAAUGUUUGCAUAUACUGACUGCAUACCACAGUUAAUGAAGAUGCUCUUCGAGUGUUCAGAUGAACGAAUUGACUUGGAACUCAUUUCUUUCUGCAUUAAUCUUGCUGCUAACAAAAGGAAUGUACAGCUUAUCUGUGAAGGAAACGGGCUGAAGAUGCUCAUGAAGAGGGCUCUGAAGUUCAAGGAUCCAUUGCUGAUGAAAAUGAUUAGGAACAUUUCCCAGCAUGAUGGAACAACUAAAAAUUUAUUUAUUGAUUAUGUUGGGGACCUUGCUGCUCAGAUCUCUAAUGAUGAAGAGGAGGAGUUUGUGAUUGAAUGUUUAGGAACUCUUGCAAAUUUGACCAUUCCAGACUUAGACUGGGAAUUGGUUCUUAAGGAGUAUAAGCUGGUUCCAUACCUCAAGGAUAAACUAAAACCAGGUGCUUCAGAAGAUGACCUUGUUUUAGAAGUGGUUAUAAUGAUUGGAACUGUAUCUGUGGAUGACUCUUGUGCUGCAUUGCUAGCCAAAUCUGGGAUAAUCCCUGCACUCAUUGAGUUGCUAAAUGCUCAACAAGAUGAUGAAUUUGUGUGUCAGAUAAUUUAUGUCUUCUACCAAAUGGUUUUCCAUCAAGCCACAAGAGAUGUCAUAAUCAAGGAAACACAGGCUCCAGCAUAUCUCAUAUCUCUGAUGCAUGAUAAAAAUAAUGAAAUCCGAAAAGUCUGUGAUAAUACAUUAGAUAUUAUAGCGGAAUAUGAUGAAGAAUGGGCCAAGAAAAUUCAGAGUGAGAAGUUUCGCUGGCAUAACUCUCAGUGGCUGGAGAUGGUAGAAAGUCGUCAGAUGGAUGAAAGUGAGCAGUACUUGUAUGGUGAUGAUCGAAUUGAGCCAUACAUCCAUGAGGGAGAUAUUCUCGAGAGACCUGACCUUUUCUAUAGCUCAGUGUCCCUCUACUAG